AUGAUUUCCCAAUUUGACUCUGUAUUACUUUAUUUUUCUAGUUCCGCAUCUCGCUAUCAGGAAUUGUUUGAACGUGAGUUACGCAAAACAUACGCAGCAAAGCGUGUGAGAAUUACCAUAUUUAGGAAAGAAGAUAUGAACAAUAGGGGGAAAAUCACCCAGUUGUUUUCAGCCGGGAUCAUCAUUACGACAAAUAUCGAGUCCAUCUGGCUUCACAAUUAUGUUGGAAGAGAUAAGAAAACAAGCCUCAGAUUCACUCAUAUUCUAAUAGAUGAAUCAACAUCCUCUCUUGAACCAGAGACUAUAGUGCCAAUGACCCUCGGCGACCAUCAAACCAUUAUUGCCAUAGCUGGCGACUACAAGCAAGUCUCUCCAAAUGUUAAGAGUAAAAGUGCUGGAAUAAAUGGACUGUCAUAUUCGUUGCUGGAACGUCUUUGGAAACUGUACAAUGUCUUUCAAGAGAAGCCCAACUUGCACCCAUACUGUAGUAUGCUACUUACCGUUUUUAGAACUGAUCGAAAACUGACAUUAUUUUUGAGCAGGCAUUUUUAUAAUGGCGGCCUUGUUCCUCGUCAGCAAACCGAUGAAGAUUGUAAAGUUGAAAACUUCAGAUUCUUAGAUGUCAAUGCAUACUCGACUGAUGAAAAUAUAGAAGUGCAUGCUAUCUGCGAGUGCAUCAAAGACCUGGUUGAUACCAAAGAGUAUUCUCCAAAUGAAAUAGCAGUCUUAACUCCAUUCAGGACACAGGCCCUGCUGAUAAAGAAGAUAUUACAACUAGUAUCCCAACACAGUCUUGAUAGAAACACCUAUGUAUCUACUCCUGCUAACGCAAGAAGUCGUGAAUUUAGUGUAAUACUAAUCAGCUCGAUAAACAGAGGGAUCACAUCUGAUGAGUUGCUGAACGACACAAAGCUUCUCAACACUGCAUUAAGCCGGGCUAAAAAAGAGAUAUUUGUUUGUGGAGAUCCAAAAAAACUCACAUCUGGGGGAAAAUGUGUCCGAAUCUGGAAAGACUACAUGAAGCAAUGCCCCUUGGCUGAUUUAGCAAUAGACAGUGAUUCAGUUGUAACUGAAUCAAACUCGAAAUCGAGUGGAUACUCUUCACUAAACACACAUUCGGACUCAGAAAUAACAUCGAGUGGAUAUUCGAGCCUGACAUGUGCCAGUAGUGAGGACACAGAGAUAGAGAUUGACGAUGCAGAGUUUAUGGAAGAAUUAAACUACCAGUCGAAAAGGCAAAAAGAGCAGCUCAAAUUGAAAUCCGACGAAGAUUGGGAAACUGAUCUACUGAAACAGAAGAUAACUGAUACCUCUACUGAUAUUCAGAUCCAUGAUUGGGUGGAUAAGUAUCAAAGAAAACAGUUCUGGGCUGGUGAACUUGAUGGAAUGUCAGACGGCGAUGAUGACUAUUUCUUGCAAGACGAAGACCCCCGAUUUUAUGAGCCAAACUUCCAAAAAGUCUAUGAAAAUGUCACAAAAACAUUCAUCGAUACAGUCAAAAAGGAUUCUUCAUCAGUUUAUAAAAUUUGUCACAUUGAUAUUGAAUCUACUGAUUCUGCUCUGUGUACCCCCGUUGACCCAUACAGUCAAAAGGACGUAAUAUCAAUUCAAGGAAGGGCAAAUUGUGGCAUGGCCAAUGGCGGUGAUAAAGUGAUUGUAAGACUCGAGAGACCAUCUGAGAAGGACCUAGAUCAGACCAAGGACACCGAGGUACCAUACAAAGGGAAAGUGGUGGGAGUUGUGGAACGAUAUACCCCUCAUGUCAAUACUGUUGUACCCUGUAUUCCCGAUACUUACAACCGAUGCGUUAUGCGUCCCAUCUCAAAACAAAUGCUGCCAAUAACAAUUCUUAGCCACGAUGAGACCAAAGAAGACCAAAUAGCAAUAUAUUCAGCUCACGGACGUCUGAUGUUUAAACGCCAUGAUACCAUAAGUCAGCAGAUAAGUCAUAGACGUGUGUAUUUGGUAUACAUUGUAAAAUGGGAUGAACAUUACAAAUAUCCACUGGGUGUUGUGAUUGAUGUCAAACCUGUAGGCACAAAUCUACUCGAAGGAGAAAAGAUACUAAAUAUGCAAUACUGUCUCCCAAAAUCGAAAUUUGAUGGCUAUGAAGAUCUUGUCAUAGAUCCAGACCAAUCAAAUAGGGUCAGUUUCUGCAAUAAAUUUACAUUCACUGUAGACCCAACGAUAAAAAAUGAAAAGGAUGAUGGAAUUUCACUUGAAAUAAGAAGAGAUGGAAAAUAUAAAUUGGCUAUUCAUAUUACGGAUGUUGCUGCCUAUAUCGAAGAAGAUAGCCAAAUAGAUAAAGUGGCAAGAGUGCGAGGAUCAAGUUUCUACCCAUCCAAUCAAGAUCCAAUACAACUAUUUGGAUCAAAACUUGCUAUGAACACACUGAGCCUAGAACGUGGACAAAAAAGAUGCACCCUAACUCUUACAUGCAUCGUUAACAAAGAUUUCAGUGUAGACGAAAGUACAGUGGAAUUCAAACCUGGAGUCGUUGCCAUUACGAAAAACUAUACCUACCAGGAAGUUAAUGAAAUACUCAAAAAUGAAAAUGAUGAAUGGCACAAAGAGUUCGCAGUUCUAAACUCAAUUACAAAGCAGAUGGGCUAUCAGAGGCUCGGUGAACGAUACAAAACAUCCCAACGGACCAUUGAAACUCUAGAAUCCGAGAUGAUGAUAAGUGAACUCAUGAUAUUUUACAAUAUACAAGCAGGGCGCCAGAUAAUUACAAAAUAUCCUAACAGAGCAGCAUUGCGUCACCAGUUUGGACCGGAUGAAGAGGCUGAAGCAAAUUGGAUGAAGGAGAAUGGUGGAAUUCUGCAUUAUUUGCAUCUAACUCAUUCCUGCACAAAUAUUAAUGCUGAGGGGAAUAACCAGAUUCCACCAAUUCAAAUAAAACGUCCUAUCUGGGAGGAGAUUAUUGAUGCCAUUCGUGUUGGUGACAGACAGAGAGCUGAUCGACUUAUCCAUGGAGAAAAACAUUAUCCCCAAUGCCUUGUUGCAUUGCUUCAAUGGUACAGAAUUCAAGGAGCUGCAAAGUUUGUGAGUUCAGAAUGCCUGAGGGAAAACGACUAUGGUCACUUUUCGUUGAACUGCGAUUCUUACGUGCAAGUAACUUCUCCUAUACGUCGCUACCUAGACGUUGUUUCACAGCGAAUUUUGAAGGCAUCUAUUGCAGAGAAGAACGACUACACACCUUCAUGUAGUAUAGAAGAGCUUUGCCAAGAAUUCAGCUUUAAAGCAGAAAAUUCCAAAUCCUAUCACAAUGCAUGCACCUCUUUGCUGUAUGGUGAUUAUCUGAGGAAACGCCCAUUGAUGUUUUUGCCAACUGUAACAGUAGUUUCAAAUAGUGGAAUACAGUUCACAUUUCCUGAUAUGCGCUUCUUAAGAACAAAGCUACGAUCUGUUAAAUACUCCUGCCUACAGCUAUCUACACCUCCAAAGGUCAACGAAGAUGAAACGUCAGUGAAAUUGUCUUGGGAAAGACGUGUUUAUAAACUAGAGUCAAAGGAGAGAUCCAGUAAAGAGUCUAAAGCUAGUAAGAAUAUGUCGUCAGGUGCUGCACAAUCCAACAAUUGCUACACGUUGGACAAUGAAAGGCAUGUCGUGUCUCUUUCAUUUAAUGAAUGGAAGCAGCUUACGAUGCAUGGCGUUGUAAAACACUCGGACAAACAACUUCUCAAACAUGACGGACAAGGAUUGCGUGAGUUUAGUUUGGAGGUGAACCUUGGUACGGUGAUCAUGGUACAGUUAGGAGCAACAUUUCAUCGCCGGUUGAUUGCCCCUGAGGUUCAGCUACUGCAUCUUAGUCCAGAGCAUACCCUGUGUGUUACGCACCACAAUGACCCUAUCCGAUUCUUUGCUGAUAUAGCAGGCAAGAAAAUGAAACCAAUGUACGACUCAGUUGGAGAAUACCAAGACAUUGUAAAGCCAAUACUUGAUAUGGAAGUUGCAGAAUCAGCUGUGAGAGAUACAAAUAGUAUAACUGUUGUCAAUGUACCGAUCCAAUGGGAAAACAAAACAGAAGGGACAUUCAUCCUUACGCCUGAUUUCUGUUCUCAGUACAAUAUUGUGCUGAAUGAGUAUUCUACAGAGGACGACCAUGAAAGAGAAAGCGUCUGCUACUACUAUGUUUGCAUAAUUGGUCCACGCUUGAAUGAUGAUUUUGAAGGCCAAACCGAUCCAUAUAAUGAACACAACACUAUUUUACAAAGCUCAGGCGAUGGCGACAAUGAAGCCCCGCAAGCCAGUGAGCAAAUCAGAGAAGACCAACAUAAGCCAUAUAACUGGAUUGGGCAUGGAUUGAUCCGCAGUAUAAUAAGAGGUGAAAGUGGUGAAUUAGUUUUGCAUAUAAAUAUCCUAGAAACCGUGAGAAGCCUCGGUCUGAGUUUACCAGAAUGCUUUCUGAACCCCGAAGAAGAGCAUAAAUUCAGCGUUGAAAUCAUUCACAAGGGAAGCCCAGCCAUUGCCAUGGAAAGCAUCAUAUUGAAUCUCACGCCUGAGUCGUCAAGAGCUGAACUUGUAUUGGGAACAAUGUCGCCUAAAAAAGUGAUGGAUUCUGACGAUCUUGCACCAUUGGAUACCGAUUUUUAUAUGCAGAAACAUGCUAUGAACCCAUCUCAGAAACGUGCCAUUCUUGCUGCAGUUCAACAGGACUUCACAUUGAUACAAGGCCCACCAGGAACGGGUAAAACUGAGACUGCAGUGAGGCUCAUGUAUCAAUUCAAUGAGAGAAAUAAGAAAGAGCGGGUUGAUUCAGAAAGGAGUUCAUCGAAGUUGAUGUACUGUGGUCCAUCUAAUCGAUCCGUAGAUGUUAUUCUUGGGAUGCUGAAGAAAUGCCUAGCUCCAGAUCGCUUCCCAUCUGUGCUUCCCAGUGUAUUACGUGUCUACAGUAAAACCAUUGUUGCAAAAGAGUAUCCCCUGCCUGGUGAACAAAGUGUAUCCCAAAAAGGAAUAAAAGACACAAAGUCAGAUGAAGAACACAAAGAAUUCAUUCUUCAUCAUCGGAUUAGAGAUAAGACCAGUGGAAACCCGUACACAGCAGCUCUUCUUACCAAAUACGAUGGAAUACAAAAGGAGCACAAUCCAAACGGAAAUGUUAGUAAACGAUUGCGAAAGAAAAUAGACGAGUACAAAACAGUUGUAAAGAGGGCCGAACAGUUUGAGAUAGAACGCCACGAUAUCAUACUCUGCACAUGUACCACCAGUUGGAAUGUGUCAAAAGAAUACCCUAAAAUCAACUUUCAGCAAUUAAUCGUUGAUGAAGCUGGGAUGUGUAAAGAACCAGAAUGCCUUGUUCCUAUCAUAUCAACAAGAGCCGAACAGAUAGUCCUCAUAGGGGAUCACAUGCAGCUACAGCCCAUCAUAAGGAAUGCAAUAGCCAAGCAACUGAAUUUGGACUGUAGUCUGUUUUACCGAUAUGAAAGAUUAACAAUGAUGUUGGAUACGCAAUAUCGAAUGCACCCAUCUAUUUGUGAAUUUCCUUCAAACGAGUUUUAUAAUGGAAACUUAAAAACGCAUCCAAGCCAGGGACGAAACGAGAUGACGAGUCUAGAUAAAAUGAAAGAUUUUUGGCCAGGAGGCGGUGAUAACAGAGCUGUUUUCCUCAACGUGUCUGGUGAAGAGAAAACAUUGACCAUUACAUGUGAAGAAGGCAAUGAACAAUCAAAGAGCAAUGAGAUGGAAAUCAUUCACUCGGUGAGGAUUUACAAGACCCUAGUUGAAGUCCUAAAAGUCGCUCCAGAGCGAAUAGCAGUCUUAUCACAAUACAGAGCACAAUGUGCAGCCAUAGAACUGGAAAUCAAGAAACACCCAUUACACCAACAUGACAACGUUCAUGUUCAUUCAGUAGUUGCAAGCCAAGGUGGCGAAUGGGACUAUGUAAUUUUAUCAACCGUCCGCUCUCUUCCAAGCCAUGAAAUACGAGAUGAAAAGACUAUCUCUCUUGGUUGGAUAAGAAGAAAAUUGGGUUUUAUUACCGAUGCUAAUCAAAUCAACGUUGCUCUUACUAGAGCCAGAUUUGGCCUCAUCAUUAUUGGAAAUGGUGAUCUACUCAAAUGUGAUGAAAUGUGGUCACGACUGAUUGAUCACUACGAGCAAAGGCGUUGUUACUUAGAAGUGGACGGAUUCCUUCAAAUGGAUGACGGAGCACUUUCAAAACCUGCAGAUGAUUGGGAUAAGAGUUACGAAGAUUGUGACUGGCCAAGUGAUGUUGAGUUCAAUACGAUUGGUCCACGUUUUGUGAAAAAAAGACUGCAGGAAUUACUCGAUAAGAUUGACAUAGAAAUGAAAAAAUGCAAAAGAGGCACAAACAGACAGAAAUAUUUGAAGGAUCGUCAACGAGAGCAUAAUGAACGGUUAUCCACGUUGAUGAAACAGUCAAAAGAAGCAGAAGAUUUUUCAAAACAAAAGCGAGAUAAUCCCGACAAGGAAAAUAUAGAAGACCUUAAUCGAUAUCAUACGUCCAGCCAGAGGACUAAUAAGAGUGUCUCUAUUAACACUCGAGUUGUGUCAUUUGGCAAAAAGGAAACCGAACCCAGUUGUUCCACAGGCGUCACAUAUAAAGAGGAUGGUGGCAUUCUAAAGGAAAAGAAGGAUCUGCCUGAUGCCAUGAUUAAGAAUGAUGGUGGUGAUGCUGAUACACCCAUGAAAGAGUCUCAUAAAGAUAAUGCUUUAGAUACCUCCAAAUCUCUGAAAGAUGUACCUUUGAAAGCACCAUUUGAAAAGUUGUCCAAAAGAGAUAUAAAACUAUUACAAUGGAUCCCAGUGGUAAAGUUCUGUUCGAUGAGAGAGGAUGGAUACUACACUAUUCAUAUUGUUGAGGGAUGUGUCAAGAAAACAUCAAAAUUCAUAAAGAAACACAUACCAGGUUACAAGUUCAACUUUGUUCCUUGGAAGAAAGGGGAACACAUACACUUGCUUGGGUGUACAGGAGCCCCAUUACACAACCGUGAUCUUGACCCAAAUGAGAAUUGUCAUCAUGACUACAUUACAUGUCCCCAUGGCACGUUGGGUGGUCUUGUUGAAUUAUCUGGGAAUGAUAGCACUGCUGAAGUAUAUGCCAUCACAGCAAAUCAUGUAGUUGAAGAUCAAGGCAACAUAAUGCCCAGAGAAUAUAUCACCUGGUCUAAAGAAGACCAAUCAGAUCUACGACCAAUAGGUAAACACGUACCAUAUAGGAUACCCUUGAUUAUGGAUGGUGAUGACGAGGCUUCCAUCUCAUCAAGUAACGAUAGCGGAGUUUCCAAUUCAUUGGCAGAUGGCCAACAAUAUCAUGAAUGGCGUGAUGAUGACAGCGAUGACAGUGACACCUCUGAUGAUGACGAUAUGCUCUGGAAGCAAUUUGAAGAUGACGUUAGUGAUAUUAGUGAUGAAGUAGGAGAACAAUAUGAUAUUGCAUGUAUACGAGUAGAUGAUGAACAUGCUGAUAUCAAAAGCGAAUGUAAGCCAUGUUUCGAGUGCUGUAUAAAAAAAUCCUCGUGUCCAGCUAAUUGCCAUGUAACACUAUUAGGCUUUGAUACAGUCAAAAAAGGUAAAAUAGUGGAUCGAUGUGGGAAAGGAGAAAUUGAAAUUGGAAACCGAACGGCGUGGUCUAAUAAUCUUACCGUUGUUUGCGCAGAUUCAGAAGAUUGUGACGAAGCAUUCACAGAGCAUGGGCACAGUGGAUCAAUUAUCUGCGUUGAAAAUCCAGAAGAAGAUCACAAAACAGAAUGUUACAUGAUUUUUGCUGGCUGGGACAAAGACAAUGUUAAAAAUACUUGGAAGAGACCUGUCUCAUUGGCAUUCAGUUUAAAUGAUGCUCUGGAAGAACUUGCUUACAGAAUAAAUAAGGACGAUGAAACAACUGAAAAAGAUUUCAAGCUUUCAUGCUGCAUAGGAAUCAAACCAGCAUUAGUCGGCCCUUGGAAAGAUUUUGAUAAUGAUAGCUUGUCAUCUCGCUCAACCUGUUCAUCAACAUCUUCAUCUUCUGGUCGUAGAAGAAGAAAUGAAUUAGCAUAUGAAAUAGCAUUAGGAAAGCAGAACAGAUCCAAACAUAUACCAAUUAUUUCUAAAUGAUGAAUUAAUGAAAACAUGUUCGUUUGGGAAUAUUUCGUUUUUCAGGCUCAGAAAUAUAAUAAUUGUUGCCAUGGCAUGCAAUGAGUAUGCGUAGUGCCAUAGAGCCUAGUGUAUGACUUUGAAAAAGUUUUGCAUCUCGAUAUAUGCACGAUAGUAGUACAAUGGAGAAAUAUAAAACAUAAAUAUACUCUUAAAAUGGAUGGAGAUAAUGAAGCGUUGUCCUCAUCAAACAAUGAUAAAAAGUUACCACAUAAGUUUUAAUCAGUUAAUUGUUCGAGACCGUUGACAAAGCGUUGACUGCUGCCAAAAUGCAGGAUUUAUGGUGGACACAAGUGGACUCGAGUCUCGCUUGUGUAAGACUCGUUAUACAGUAAUCUGUACAUUUUGUAUGAUAUAACAAACAAUCCAGCAAUCAACUAAUCGAUUUUCUUUUUU